AUGGAGCAUCCGUUCUUGGAUGACUAUCAGUUCAAAGUGCCCCUUGUGGUGGAUGCCAAGGUUGCACCGCUUGGAAUGACAGAGCCGCCACCAGAGCAGUGGCGCAGUCCUGGCAUGAAGCGAAGCAUGCCUAGGGGUGGUGCCGCCAUGGGCCCGGUAGGGGAGAAAGCGAUGCUUUCCGUGAAAGCUCGGGCCUUGUGGCCAUGGGAUGUGAUGCUACCAGGUCAUUUCCGCCGUUUCCGCCUGGUAGCAUCCGAUCUUGAAAUCGUCGAUGAUUUGGCCAGUAUUUGGGGCGGCCAAAAGAGUCUUGUGCCGUGGCGCUCUGCGGCGCCCGGGGCCAUCACCAUGGGCCUGGGCUUCUUGCUUUCAGAUCUGGGUCGGCUAUUGUUUCAUGACCAGGUCUAUGUCAUCGUCCAGGCGAUCUUUUUCCUGCCCAUCUCGCUGGCGAUCUUCGUCGUGGAAUGGUCCCGCGGGAGCCGAAGGGCCCCGCUCCCGAGUGUCUCAAGAAAUGCUGGUGCAGAGCAUCAAAAGCGUGUGGAGAAGGUGGCCUCCGAUGUGAAGCAGCAAUCCAAUGAAGGGCAGCUCUUCACCAGUCGCCCCGACCGUGAGCGAAUCAGCUCGCGGAUUGUGGCUCCACGGAAGCAGAAGAUCGACACCAGCGCGUUGAAGCAUAUCGUUGAGGUGGAUGUGGAGAAGGGCUUCGUGGUGGCCGAGCCGCGCUUGCGCAUGGUGGAAUUGUCCCACUUCUUGCUGUCGCAGGGCUACUCGGUGCCAUGUGUGCCGGAGCUGGAUGAUCUCACGGUGGGUGGGCUCUUGAUGGGCUGCGGUAUCGAGUCGACGUCAUGGAAGUAUGGCAUGUUCAAUGAAAUUUGUGUCGCCUACGAGAUUGUGACGGCCGGCGGAGAGGUGCUCAAAGUCACGGAGGAGAGCGACAAGGAGCUGUUUUACACGUUGCCAUGGAGUCAUGGCACGCAUGGGAUCCUCGUGUCCGCCACCUUACGGAUCAUCCCAGCAAAACCCUACGUCAGGAUUCAGCUGGAGCACUGUCCUGAUCGCACAUCUUUGUGCAAGGCAUUGGAGAGCUCGGUCGCGAGCGGGGACCACGAGUUCGUGGAGGGUUUGGCCUUCAAUCCCACCUUUGCAGUGGUGAUGAAAGGCUCAUAUGUGGACGCACCAGCCGCAGAUGACGAGAUCCUCUCUUUGGGCAAAUGGCAUGAUGCCUGGUUUUUCAAACAGGUCCAGGAGAAGAAGCAAGGCAGGAUCAACGGGCGGACGCGCACAACGGAAUACUUGCAUCGACAUUCUAAGAGCAGCUCUGUCAUACUUGCAGCCAUGGGGCAACACGAUGCUGUUCCGCUGGUUGAUGGGAUGGAUCAAUCCGUUGAACAUUGCCUUGGUGAAAUCAUACCAACCCGAGUGGACCAUGAGAUACUAUUGCAAUGUCAACGUCAUCCAGGACUAUUUGAUUCCCAUCAAGGAGUUGCAGCCGAUGUUGGAUCUCGGAGACGACGCACUAGGCGUGUAUCCCAUAUGGCUUUGCCCAUAUCUCAACAAGCACCACGAGCCUCGAAGCAUCCACCAUCCUCAUUCAGACAAAGAUGA